GGGAGGUGGGAGGCGGGGCCGAGCCGGAGCCGGAGUCGGAGCAGGAGGCUGAGCCGGCGGUUUCAGUGGGAGCGGUGAUGUCGGUGCAGGUUGUGUCAGCAGCGGCUGCCGCCAAGGUGCCUGACGUGGAGCUGAAGGACCUGAGCCCCUCCGAGGCGGAGCCGCAGCUGGGACUGAGCACGGCGGCUGUGGGCGCCAUGGCCCCCCCGGCGGGCGGCGGGGACCCCGACAGAUCCAGUUUGCUGACCAGAAGCAAGAAUUCAACAAACGUCCCACCAAAAUUGGACGCCGCUCUCUGUCUCGUUCCAUUUCUCAGUCAUCUACUGACAGUUACAGCUCAGCGGCUUCGUAUACAGAUAGCUCUGAUGAUGAAACAUCCCCCAGGGACAAGCAGCAGAAGAACUCCAAGGGAAGCAGUGACUUCUGUGUCAAGAACAUCAAGCAGGCAGAGUUCGGGCGAAGAGAAAUUGAAAUUGCUGAACAAGAAAUGCCUGCCCUGAUGGCUCUGAGGAAGAGAGCUCAAGGAGAAAAGCCUUUGGCCGGAGCCAAAAUUGUGGGUUGUACACACAUCACUGCUCAGACCGCCGUGCUUAUGGAAACUCUGGGUGCUCUGGGGGCACAGUGCCGAUGGGCUGCCUGCAAUAUCUACUCUACUCUCAAUGAAGUAGCUGCUGCUCUAGCAGAAAGUGGAUUUCCUGUCUUUGCCUGGAAAGGAGAGUCAGAAGAUGACUUUUGGUGGUGCAUUGAUAGAUGUGUGAAUGUGGAGGGCUGGCAGCCAAACAUGAUCUUAGAUGAUGGAGGGGAUCUUACUCACUGGAUUUAUAAAAAGUAUCCCAACAUGUUUAAGAAAAUCAAAGGCAUAGUGGAGGAGAGUGUUACUGGAGUCCACAGGCUAUACCAACUGUCCAAAGCUGGGAAGCUCUGUGUUCCAGCCAUGAAUGUCAAUGACUCAGUCACCAAACAGAAAUUUGACAACCUCUACUGUUGCCGUGAAUCAAUUCUUGAUGGACUUAAAAGGACAACAGAUAUGAUGUUUGGUGGAAAGCAAGUGGUGGUCUGUGGCUAUGGCGAGGUGGGGAAGGGGUGCUGUGCUGCCCUGAAAGCCAUGGGCUCCAUUGUGUAUGUAACUGAAAUUGACCCCAUCUGUGCCCUGCAGGCCUGUAUGGAUGGAUUUCGACUGGUGAAAUUAAAUGAGGUCAUCCGACAAGUGGACAUUGUUAUUACCUGUACAGGUAACAAGAAUGUGGUAACCAGAGAGCACUUGGACCGCAUGAAGAACAGCUGCAUCGUAUGCAACAUGGGGCAUUCCAACACAGAGAUUGAUGUGGCAAGUCUGCGGACACCAGAGCUGACCUGGGAGCGAGUGAGAUCCCAAGUUGACCAUGUGAUAUGGCCCGAUGGCAAAAGGAUAAUCCUACUGGCCGAGGGCCGUUUGCUGAACCUAAGCUGCUCCACAGUGCCUACAUUUGUGCUCUCAAUCACUGCAACUACUCAGGCUCUUGCCUUGAUAGAGCUUUACAAUGCUCCUGAAGGUCGAUAUAAACAGGAUGUCUACCUGUUACCCAAGAAAAUGGAUGAGUAUGUGGCGAGUCUACACCUGCCCACCUUCGAUGCCCACCUGACAGAGCUGACAGAUGAACAGGCCAAGUAUCUGGGACUCAACAAGAAUGGGCCCUUCAAGCCUAAUUACUACAGGUAUUAAGUUCCUGUAACUGAAGCCAGAAGAAGUUUUAAGGAAGAGUUCCAAGCUUUUUCUCCAUUACUAGCCAAGAAAGAACCCAGCAAGCUGCUUCUCUGAUCAGAGCUGCCCGCCGUGCUCACCCUGUGUGUUAGGUUAUUUAUUUAUUAAAAUCUAGAUUCCUGUGCCUGUA